AUGAUUCUAACAAAAAAAAUAUUUUUAAAAUAUUUUUUUCGGGAAAUGUUGGAAUUCGAAAUAAUUCCAGAAAACUGUCUGCGCAAUAAAGAAAUCGAAUUUUGGCUGGGAAUGCCCGUUAAUCAAGUUAUACAAUCACUGCAAAAUGUCGCACGUCUUAUCACAAAUAUAGAAAUUUCUCAUCUACCGAAGAAAAGGAUUCACAUAUUUAAACGAGUUGCUGAAGAGACCUAUCGCACUAAAAAAAAUCCGUUAUCACAGGAUAUUGCUAUCCGACUAACAAAAGAUGGCAUCGCACUCUAUUUCGAACCAAAUUCUCAAUUCCUUAGGGAAAAAGGAAAAAUUUUUUUUGACUGUAGAAUAUAUAAAAAAAUAGUAAACAAUAUAUUUUCAAAACCAGAUGAUCCAGCGGAUAUAGUGAAAGUGGAAAAAUGUUUUGGUGCAACAAAACCUGGAGUUUAUGACGAUAAUUUGGGGUCAUAUGAACUCAGUUGGAAUGGUUUAUUAUUCAGUUUUUCAGCUGCAAAGGAGUUGUUUACUCGUAAGAUGUCAGCACACAAACAAACGGCUGGGCUAAGUUCUUUAUCUUUUGAAGGUACUCGUCCUUCAUUCUCGAAGAUGAUACUUUUCAAAGGAACUCAUUCUUCUCCAAAAGUACCUUCAAUCCCUAAACAAAUAUAUUGUGGUUUGAUUUUUAGUACAUCGGUGGAAUCAGUUUCAGAGAACGGUCCGCCAAGUUUGCAAUCGAAUCGUGCAACUGAAAUCAAAAUCGAGCAAGUUGAACGCAUUAUAUCAUUUGGUGACACUUCAGAGAAGGUGAUUUCUGUUCUCGGUUGUCCGCUUAAUAUUUUCUAUGAAUCUGGGGAACGUAUGUUAAUUCAUAAAGAAAGUGAUUGCAGCUGUGUACAACAACCAAAUUAUUUCUUCAAUUAUUUCUCACUUGGCGUGGUAUUUAUUAUUUGUGAGUUUAUGAUAAGUACAAACAAAAAAAAGAACUAUAACAAGGAUCAAAAAUUUUUCAAAGAAUUUUUCCAGGAUAUUGUCUUUGACUUUACCACAAAUCGAGUUGUAAAAUUUGUACUACAUUCAAAUCUUCCCGGACAUUACGAUUUUGGAAUGCAAUUUUUUUCUAAAAUGGAAGUGCCGUUUUUGCCAUAUAUUUAUUAUAUAUUGAAAACUAUCUAUAACAGAUGUAAUUUCAAAAUCCAUCUGGAAGAUGAACCAUGGUUUAUAGUUCCUUCUUCUCGAACAGAAGAUUUCCUUCCUGCAUUUUCGGGUGUUCAAGAAAAAUCUUUACAACCAGUUGUUCUCAAUCGCAGUACUAUAGAUAAUCCAUUUACACCAACACUUUGCUAUGGUUGUGGUCAAAUUAUUGUCGAAGUGAUGUCUUGUGGACUUAUAGCUGCUGUGACUAUAUUUUAA